AUGGGGCAGGUUGAACAUCAAGUGGCUGCCUAUGCGGACGAUAUUCUAUUUUUCCUAGAGCAGCCGAGAACCUCCAUUCCAAACCUCCUAGAAGCCUUCCGGAAGUAUAACUUGGUGUCUAACCUAAAACUCAACUUGAGCAAAUCUGAAGCUAUGCCAGUGACGAGAGCCCCCAAACAUCUACACAAACUCCUCUCGCAAUUCCCGUUCAAACUCCGUGAGGACAAACUUUGA